AUGUCUCGAAUCCUCAUCUUCAUCCUCCUCUUUACCCUGCUGGCCAGCGUCAUGGGCCUUCCAAUUCAAGAGCUUGAGGGAAAGUCCCAGCUUGCGCCCGGACACGUUAUCAUCUCGAGCAAUCUGAAAAGCGUCAAGAUUCACGCGUGGUCCGUGUCCAACAAAAUCGACAAAGAGCUCAACGUUGGCCCCGGCGGCGGAACCUACCUCGAGGAGUACCGAUUCAACCCGAACGGGGGUGGCAUUUCAAUCAAGAUGAGCGAGAAGGGCAAUCUCGACAACAUCAUCCAGUUCGAGUACACGCGCAAGGACGACAAGAUCUGGUGGGAUGUCUCGUACGUCAACCACAAGGUCAAUUCGGGCUCGGCGAUCGUCGCGGCGGGCUUCUCGGUCACUUCGAACAAGAAAGAUUGUCCGCAGGUGCACUGCCGUCCGGGCGAUGAGAACUGCCAGGGCAUCUACCACAGCCCUUACGAUGACUGGGCGGCCUAUGGAUGUCCUCUUGAUGCGAUCUUGCAUAUGAAGAUUGACCCUCUAGAUCCCAUCAUGUCUGUGAAUUUCGACCCUGUAGCUGAGUUUGGCUUCACUGCCAUUACUCGCAACGUCCAAAAGCUGCUACCAGCUCCCUCUUCACCAUGCUACCCACUUUCUCCCAUCACGCCGUCCUCGGACAUGAUUCCUGGGUCCCCCCUGUCCCAACGUGUCCAGACCUAUGCCCGCGAGAACCUGGCCCCGGAGAUCUUUAACCACAGUAUGCGUGUUUAUCACUACGGAACGGCGAUACGCAUGCAGCAGUUCCCGAACUGGAUCUGGACCGAACGAACACAAGAAACUUACUUCCUGACCUGCAUGCUGCACGACAUCGGUCUAAGCCCUGAGGUCUUGCACAAGACCCGCCUGAGCUUCGAGUUUUGGGGCGGCUUCAAUGCCUUGCAGGUCUUGAUCGAUCAUAAGAUUGCUUGUGACAGAGAGCAGGCCGAAAGCGUGGCUGAGGCGAUAAUUCGACACAAUGAUUUUGGGGAAGACGGCAUGAUUACUACGAUGGGGCUGUUGACUCAGAUUGCGACUACUUUUGAUAAUGGCAGCAAAAACUCCUUCCUGGUGCAUCCGGGCACGCUGCAACGUGUAAUUGAGGCAUACCCUAGGCUUCGGUGGAACGAGUUUGUUGUCAAAUGCGGUGCGGGCGAGUACGAUGAGAAACCUUGGUGUCAUCUCACGAAGCUUGAUAGAAAGGCGCUCUUUGAGGAGUUUGCCGACAAUAGGCUGACAGCUGCUUAUGACAACUGUGACGACCAGAAAGCCAAGAGCUCUUUCUGA